UUUGCCAACUGGACAUGACGAGCGCGUCCUUUCUCGCUGGGGCGCGUUUCCUCUGCAAUUAAACGCUUAUUUGCAAAACGAUUGCCCAACCGACCUCUAUUUGUUUUGCCAGCGUUUGUCGAACCGAGCCCCUGGAAAAUAUGGGAAAACCGGCAGGAGUAAAUCGGCCUCCAAUUGGCCAACAUCGUUCCAGAAAACCCAACUCUGGGAAGACGCCGACGCCCCUGAAGCUGAUUUCGGCCAGAAUGGUACUGCUGAAGCGACCAUGGCUCUAGACACGCGCGGAUCGGAGAUCGUCGAGUUCUACAAGGGGAAACACGUCUUCAUCACAGGAGCGACCGGCUUCAUCGGUAAGCUCCUCGUCGAGCAACUGCUGAGGAAAUGCGAGCCGGAGAUGCUCUACUUGCUCAUCAGGUCCAAAAAGGGCUCAGAUCCACAACAGCGACUCCAGGAGAUGUUCAAACUACCAUUGUUUGAGAGACUCAAGAAAGAAAAGACUGAUUAUCUCGAUCACAUAACAAUCGUGGACGGUGAUUCUUCAAAGCCUGAACUCGGUUUGAGUAAUGAAUCAAUCGCACUGCUUAAAGAAAAAAUUGAAGUUGUGUUACACGGAGCAGCCACCGUACGAUUCAACGAACACAUUAAAAUCGCUACAAACAUCAACGUCCUCGGAACCAAAACGGUAGCUCUUCUGUGCCAGCAGAUGAGAAACCUCAAAGCUUUUAUCCAUGUUUCAACGGCGUUUGCUAAUUGUCCGAAUAAAGAGAUCGAGGAGGAGUUUUACACGCCGCCCAUCACUGCCGACAAUCUGAUCAAGCUCACUGAGUGUCUGAAAGAAAGUCAGCUGGAGAGCAUCACUGAAUACAUUUUGGAGAGUUGGCCCAAUACAUAUUCAUUCACAAAAGCAGUCGCUGAAGAUGCGGUGAAAACAUUUGGAAAAGGACUUCCAGCAGCAGUUUUCAGACCUGCUAUAAUUACAAAUACGAGAUCUGAACCAAUGGGAGGAUGGAUUGACAACCUUUAUGGACCUGUCGGCCUCGCAAUGGGUAUCGGAACCGGUUUGAUUAGGGUUUUCAACGCUGAUAUUAAUGCUGUCGGUGCUAUGGUCCCUGCUGACAUGACUGUCAACGCCAUUUUGGCCGCUGCAUACAAGACAAGCCUGAUGGGGCCUACGAGAGAAAUGCCAGUGUACAAUUUCGUACCACCAGCUGACAACAAUUUAACGUGGGGUCAGUUCAUGGACAACUGCUUGAAAUACGGUCAGGACUUACCGCCGUCCAAAGGUGUCUGGUACUAUUCGAUUACUCUCUGCAAGAACCUAUACGUUUUCAACUUCCUCUUAUUUUUUCUUCACUUUCUCCCUGCAAUUAUCAUCGAUUUAAUGUUACUUUUAGUCAAUAAAAAGCCACAGGCGGUCAAGAUUUACCAGAAAAUCAGUACGUUUGGAAAAGCGAUAAGCUACUUCAGCCUCAGGACGUGGAAAUUUCACGAUAACAACAUCCAGGCUCUGUGGUCAGGCAUGAACAAAAAGGACAAAGAGCUUUUUGACUUUGACAUGCGCAGCUUAGACUGGGACGCUUAUAUCAAAAUUUUUGCAUUCGGUCUGAGGGUGUACCUUCUCAAAGACCCUAUCGAAACCAUCCCUUACGCUAAAAAGAGAAUCUUCUGCUUGUACAUCAUCCACAGGGCAUUCCAGGCGUUGUGUUUGUGUUUAUUCACUUGCGUGCUGUGGUCGUCUUAUUCAUUUGCCAUGAAAAUUUUAGCUUGAACAUUUAUAAAGUUAAGAAAUUUGAAAUUAGUGACUUUUUUUGUAGAGAUAUUUUAUUUAUGCAGAAAAUAGUUCAUACCGAGAUGUGAGCUAGUCAUAUACAGCAGUGAUGCAUAUUUUUUUUAUCGCUCCAUUGAGAAAAAGAAAAUAGUUUUAUUUUACCAAAAGACAUUUUAAUUUGUAUUAUAUGACAAGAUUUUAGGAUUUUUGUAAACACACUCGGAUUACGUGCUCUGUAUGAUAUUUGUGAUUUUAAUUUAGACAAAGUCUGUGUUGUAUUUAUAAUUUAUUGCUUUUUUUAAUUAAAAUAUUUGUAGUUAGGUUAGUAUAAUUUCUACUUUACAAAAGUUCCACAAAGCGUUUAGUUGGACAGUUUUGUUGUAUUACAAAUUUUAUAUCUGACAAAAAAAAGAGUUUAAACUAACAAGUGUUUAACUUUAUUUUAAACGUAAUUGAGUUUUUUUAUAUAAAUUUUCAACUAAUUGUACAUACCUGAUAAACAAAUGUGUUAAAAUUAUAAUAUUGCCACUUUA